AUGAAAAUCCAUUAUAUUAAUAUAUUAUUGUUUGAGCUUCCAUUAAAUAUAUUGAUAUAUAAUCAAAGGAACUAUUACAUUACACCACGUCAUACAGAAACCAACAGAUCUUUAUGCGAAUGUGAAUUAUAUUCACCUACGAACUAUGAUAAUGACCCUGAAAUGAAAAGGGUAAUGCAACAAUUUGUGGAUCGUACAACACAACGAUUUCACGAAUAUGAUGAAAGGAUGAAAACUACACGCCAAAAAUGUAAAGAACGAUGUGAUAAAGAAAUUCAAAAAAUUAUUUUAAAACACAAAUUAGAAAAAGAAUUAAUGGACAAAUUUGCCACACUACACACAGAUAUACAAAGUGAUGCUAUUCCAACAUGCGUUUGCGAAAAAUCUUUAGCUGACAAAACAGAAAAAUUUUGUCAUAACUGUGGGUAUGGGUUAGGAAGUGUUGCACCGAAUAUUGGAUUAUUGGGGGGACCGGGAAUCUAUGUAUGGAAAAUUGCCGCGUUGGCAGCUGCUAAGGAAUUUGCCGAAAAAGCCGGUGCUGCUAUGGGUAAAGCCGCUGGUGAUGCUGCAGGUGCGGCUGAAUUAAUUAGAGGAUUAAAGGCAUUGAAUAUAGAUAAAUUAUUUAAUGAAUCAUUGGGGUUAGUUUUUGAUGGAACAAAUUAUAAUAAUACCGAAUAUAUUUUUAAAGCUAUUUUUUCAAAAUUUAAUGAGUCAUGUAUGCCUCGUCCCCCUGGCUCAGUCCCUGGUCCUGUCAUUGAUCGGGCUUUUUGCGAUACUGUUGAUACAUUAGUUCUUCCUUCAGGGACAGGUUCACAGACUAGUGCUUCAACGAAUGCGGUUAUAAAGGAAUAUGUAAAACCUAUCGUCUCAAAUGCCAAAUUUACUGCUGAAGCAACUGCACAAACGGCUGCUGAAGAAGCUACCAACUUAGCUCUAAAAACGAAUACUAAUGCAGUAAACGCUACAUAUGCUAGUUCCCAGACUGCUAUUAUUGUUUCCAUUGCUGCAAUUGUAGUUAUAGUUUUGGUUAUGAUAAUUAUUUAUUUAAUUUUACGUUAUCGACGAAAAAAAAAAAUGAAGAAAAAACUCCAAUAUAUCAAAUUAUUAGAAGAAUAG